AUGGACAUAAGCUGGGACGAUGCAACCUGGAUCCUAACUAGUUCCUUCAUCAUCUUCACGAUGCAGUCAGGAUUCGGUCUGCUCGAGUCUGGUAUGGUAAGCGCAAAGAACGAGGUGAAUAUCAUGGUAAAGAACUGCGUGGACGUUCUGUUCGGGGGUCUGAUAUUCUGGAUGGUAGGGUUUGGCCUGGCCUUCGGGAACGGCCCCUAUAGCAACGCCUUCUGUGGGGUCGGUUACUUCUUCCUACAGGUCGAAGAGGCGGAGAUGGGGGUCGUGUUCACCUGGUUCAUCUUCCAGAUGUCGUUUGCCACCACUUCCACCACAGUAGUUUCCGGUGCCAUGGCGGAGCGCGCCAAACUUACCGCCUAUAUCGUCUUCUGUGUGUUCAACACGCUUGUCUACUGUUUUCCCGCCCACUGGGUGUGGGAUUCCCGGGGAUUCCUGCGUCUUUUGGGCGUGGUCGACAUCGCUGGGGCGGGGGCAGUCCAUUUGGUCGGGGGGUGCUCCGCUUUGGUGGCCACGCUUCUCCUCAAACCACGCACGGGCAGAUUUGAUCGCCCCACCCGCCCUGAAAUGGGAUGCCCCACUAACUCAAUUGUUGGCAUGUUCAUGUUAUGGUGGGGCUGGUUAGGAUUCAACUGUGGCAGCACUUUUGGGAUUUCUAACGGAAAGUGGAAGCUCGCCGCACGAUCGGCUGUGGCGACUGUGUGUGGUUCAAUAUCCGGAGGGGUAGCCGGUACGGGAUGGAGCUGGGUAGUGAAUAAGAGAAAAUACCUGAUUCCAGACUUGAUUAACGGUAUCCUCGGCUCCUUGGUGUCUGUGACAGGUAUUUGUGCACUGGCUCGACCCUGGCAAAGCCUCGUCAUCGGAUUCAUUGGGGGAUUACUCUCUGUGUCCACGCCCUCUUUACUUGUCAAGCUAAAAAUUGACGACCCCGUCGGUGUAUUUCCGGUUCACGGUGUCAGUGCCAUCUGGGCGAUGCUCUCCAUUGGCCUGUUUGCCGACAUGGACACUGUGCAGAACCUAACGUAUGGAAGAGCUGGUCUGUUUGCAGGCGGAGGUUUCCAGCUUCUCGGGGUGCAAGCGUUGGGUGUGUUGACUAUCGCCGCCUGGAGCAUCAUCUGUUCGUUUGUCCUUCUGAAGACACUUGACCUCACUAUUGGAAUUCGCGUAUCGCUGGAGGACGAACUGUUGGGAGCAGACUGGGUUGAGCACGGCAUUCGCAGUGAUUUCCCUCCCCCAGAAUUCCCUCCACAGUCACCUGAUGCUUCCACUUCUGUGCAGAGGCUUGGUAUGAGAAGAGAAAGUUUAGGUCUGCGCAGGCGUUUCACUUCCAGUUCACUUCGGGAUGUACCAAGGUUUGCACCAGACGACGAUUUUCAAGAAUGUGAUACGAGUGUAUCUCAAAGAAGAAAGAGUAAACCACGAGUGUCAUUCGCUGAUGAGAUGGAGGAGUCUAUCGCAGAGUACAAGUUGCAGAAAAUGGCCAGGGCUGUGGGUGAUGAAAACCACAGGGUUGUGCAUGGUAUGGUAAACGAAGGUUUUGACAAUAUUUCACUGUGCGAUUCAGGCGUGUCGUCUGAUGAGGACAAAGCCCAGAAUGUAGGGGCGAAGAGACGACGAAGAUCUGAUGCUGGGAGGCUUGAAGUGUGA